AUGAAGCUCCCGCUUCUUGCUGUGUUUGCUCUGGUGUCUGUGGCUCACUGUGAGGAUGGUGCCAGGCUCCUGGCCUCCAAAUCCCUGUUAAAUAGAUAUGCAGUGGAGGGCAAGGACUUGACUUUGCAGUACAGCAUCUACAAUGUUGGCUCCAGUGCUGCCCUAGACGUGGAGCUGUCGGAUGAUUCUUUCCCCCCAGAACAUUGUGGCAUUGUCUCUGGCAUGCUCAGCGUCAAGUGGGACAGAAUUGCUCCAUAUCUUUUCAUAGCGAGCAAUAUGUCCCACACUGUGGUUCUACGGCCUCUAAAGGCUGGGUACUUCAACUUCACCUCUGCCACCAUCACGUACCUGGCACAGGAGGGUGCCCAGGUGGUGGUUGGCUUCACCAGUGCUCCUGGGCAGGGAGGAAUCCUGGCUCAGCGUGACUUCGACAGGAGGUUCUCCCCUCACUUUGUGAGUACCUUUCCAUGGACAAUGGAAAAGUGCAGCAGGCAGCUGCAGCCCAGUGUGGUGGCUUCCUGCUUGCACAUCGUGUCUGUGGCUUGCCCUGCAGUCACCUGGAGAGCUCCAGAGGGAGCUGGAGUUGGUUCCUGUCAGUUCUCCAGAGAGCUGUCACAGAAACGGCUGAGUUUCCAUCCCAGCUCCCUCUGUGAAGGAGCUGCACUGUGGCAUUUGAGGCAGAAAAUCUGAGAGUAGACUCUUAGAAUCUCCUAGGCUGGAAGGGACCCACAAGGAUUGUGGAGUCCAACUCCUGGCCCUGCAGAG